GUCGGUGUUGUACUUUUAAGCCGUUUGGCGGUUAGCUAGCUAGAUGCUAGCUGUUAGUCAUUGUAAUAUUAAUAGUAAUGGUUUUAGCUUACUUAUUCAAAGUGCUGCCUUAAUUGGCCGUAAAAAGGACACUAGAUGUUUAGAUCAUUCCCCCAGUGAGAGCGAAUGUAUGGAUUUCUUCACUCCGUUUUGCCCGUGCUAUCCGCUGACUUUGCCCUACCGCGUGACUUCCUUCCGUGCCGGCAUAGAUCGCUCCAACCUGCCGCCAUGUUUGCACAAUCCUGGUACUACUUGCCAGGAGAACCUGAGUUGAGGCCCAUUGAACGCUCCUCGUUUUCAGAAGAAACCAUCAAGUUCUUUUUGCAAAGGUCCCUGUACGACUUUGUGCUGUCUCAUCCCAAAAUCACCUUGACUGACCCCAGACUCACUGACUGGUAUUUGUGUUGGUCCACCAAGUACAAACAAGUCAUACAAGAUGAAGGAGGUUUGUACGAGUUCGUGCAGACACACCCCGGCAUAGAGCUGCUGUUUCCUCAUAUUUGUUUGAAACGUAACAUAGGAGGACACGCUGCCAUGCCAAACUGGAAAUGCAAGCAGCAAACAUCUGGAGCAAGGAGCACAUUUGGUGGAAUAGGCACUGCAUCGACACAUCAAGCGUCCUACGUGGAACCAAGACCUCCUCACCGUAGGCAGCUGCAUGAUCCACUGCUCACUCAGCUCGGCGUAGCGACACCAGCUCUCGUCGAAUGGUGGGACCCUGUCAGACCACUGGCCGGGUUCCCCCGGGACUUGGACCUGCUGGAUAGAUGGCAUCAGAGCGGCCAUCUCAGGAGCCAGAUGUCGGCAGAUGGCAGGUGUUGGACCAUGUCAGCUGAAGACAGUGUACGGGCUGAUUGUCCGCCAGUGGAAAUCCAGCUCCGAUCUGAGAUGUACAGCUUGACCGGAGACGAGGUCAAAGUCAGUGAGCACACGAGUCUGUCACCAAAACCCGGUCAGGUGGACACCCCGAUGUCCGUGGAAAACGAGGACCUGAAUGACGACACUGUUGUCCCAAGCACUGAUAAACAAGGCAGCAUCAUGAAAGACGACGGCAGCAUCAUCUGUGUGGUUCGAGAAGAUGGGAAAGCGCAAACCGGUGAGGCUCCCUUGGGGGUUCCCAAUCUUACGGGAAUUAGCACUGCCGACAAGUGGACUUCCUGUGUGCCUUGUGUGGCCUCUUGUGCUGUCAUGGUUGGCCCUCCACACUCCGAGCGUUCAUCAGCCUUCUGCCAAACUGAAGAUCAGGCAACAGCCGACAAGAGCGUGGUCACCAAGCUGGACGAUGUCAUUCAGCCAUUCAAUCAACUCAAGUCCGCCCUGGAAGUGAAACAGCCAACACAGAAGAGUCUGGAUGUCCAACCACGGAGACAGUGUGACUGUGUCCCACGCGCUCAGAGGGCGGAGCUAAGCUUGCUGGCCCUGCAGUAUCACAUGUGCCGACGACACUGCUGGACUCUACAGCCUCCGGGAAACACCACUCAUCCGCUGCAAACGGUGCGAUCUGCCAACAUUGUGGCUACUCUGCAAAAACUUGAAUGUGACUACAAUCAGAUGAGAGAUAAGAUCCUGGCGGGCGUUCACCUGAAGCAUCUCAAGCCUUUGUCUGUUUACUGCGACAGGACGACUUCCAUCCCUAUGCUUGAUGUUCUGAAGGGUGUGUCACCGGGAAUUGGAAGGAGAUCUCAGAUGGCACAGGAAGAGGAACCACCGAAUGAACACAGCAGCAGCCAGGAUGCUCCCAGAAAGGUGAGCGUGGGUCAGCGGAUCAAAACAGACAGCGCCAAGUCAAGGAGCACCUGCACACAUGUCUCCUGGGACAACGUAGGUGGGUGCAAAGAGCUGAACACAGGCGAGGUGUGGUACGAUGCCGAGGAAGACCCUUUUCCAACUUCUAGCGUGGAACGGCCAGGAGAGAUGUCAAAAGGCUUGGUCAACAAGGAGAUCAUGGCGUCGGUCAGGGCUCCUAACCCAUCCUGCAAUGUGACGGAGGUAGCCACUCGUCCUCCACUUGGCCAGUUAGGCUCAGUGAUCAGCAGCACGCCCACCCCAGGAGUAACCUUCGUGCCCCAAUGCUUUUGGACCAUGAGCGGCUUUGACACCCUGAUGGCAGAACUGACCCGCUUCCACCCGAACGUGGGGAGGAAGAGGAUCGCGGGCACUUUGAAGGAGCUGUGGGACACGUACCAGGAUGCCCUCUGUCCCCUGCCCCUCAGCACCAUCACACAGAUGGCCUCUGACCUCCUGAUAAGGCCUGCCAAUGCAACGCAAGCUGGAGGUAACAGCAGCUGAUGCCUGAAUUUCUGUUCAAAGACUAAUUGACGUUAGGUGUUAAAAACCACAGUAACUCAUUUUUUUCCUUUUAAAAAUGUUGCUGGAAGGAAUUCAUUUGAACUGGUCUUUUGUUUUAGUUUUUUUUUUUUUUUUUUACAAAGAUGCACGCUGUGUAAUGCUUGCAGUUGUACUCCAUAAUGUGGCAUAUUUGGCAAUGAUGAGGGUUUUUGUUUUCCCAGAGUCUGCCUGCAGUAUUUUUUGUCAUUCCACUGGGAUGUGUUUAAAAGGCCUACAGUUUGAUUUUGGUUGCAUUGCAAUUAAAAAUGAGAAUCAAGGAAGUAUUUUUUUCUCAGUUUGUUUUAAAACAGGUGUAUGAUAGCGUUUGAAAAUGAACAAUAGUUA